UGCCGUAAAUAGACCCAGACACCACUCGAAAAUGGACCGUAAAACAGAAAUAGGUUGGAUUCAGAAAUGCGCUCUUUUCGUACGCAGAGGCGUUGUGAUCAUUCAAUAAGAUUCGCACGGACUGUUUACAAACAGAAGCUCAUAAGUUGUUUAUUUGCGGCAUCUGAGCUGGAUUUGAGCCGCAACGUGCAGAAGGCUCUCUGUUUACAUGUGGUUGCUGGGCUUCACAACACACCACAGGUAGAGUCGGUGGUGCCAAGGGCCUCCUGUCAAAGCACAAACUCUGAACAUGGUGAGGCUGGAGUUGGACCAGGUGGUAAUGAGGAGGAUGAAGGAGGACGACAUUGAAGUAGUGAAAGCCCUUGUUAAGGAAGGCUGCGAGGGCACUGAGAACCGUCUCAUCUUACACAUCCUCACACGUCCACUCUGCCUUUUCAUCCUGGCUGUUUUCUCCUCGAUCCUGCGCUGCCUUGUUCACUCUUUCAUCCUGGCCCUCGCUAUCCCUGUGUUCCUGCUGAUUGUUUUUCUCAAGAUCACUAUGCCACGGUCAACGGGGGUCCUGGGCAGCAGUCGCCCCUACUGGGACUACGUUGGCAGUAGCUACAGAGGCCAACAGGAUGAGACGCUACAGAAUCCUUACUGCAGGAUCAGUGGGAAAACACCAGGAACAAAAAAGCAACGGCGCAGACUUGGAUGCAAAGACAAAGACAAGGAAACAUCAUCAGAGAAGAUCACUGCAGAGAGAGAGCAAGCAGCAGGUCAGGUGUGGGUGGCAGACUGCGAAGGGGAUAUCGUGGGCUGCGUCUUCCGUGAGAGCGAGACACGUCCGAGUGUGAGGAGGAUCUGCAGGCUUGUGACGGGCUGCUGGUACCGCAGGGAGGGUCUGGGUCGUCUUCUGGUCCAGAGUCUGGAGCUGAAGGAGAGGGAGAGCAGCGCACGUAGGGUGUACGCACACAUACCCUACCCGUCCAAAGUAGGCGAAGCCUUCUUCAGGAAAGUGGGCUAUCGGCAGCUUGGUGAGGCUGAUGAAGAAGAUGACGAUGAGAUGAAGAACGAGACCCCAGAGAGAGGUUUUAUGGGGUACCCUCUCACUAAGGUGUUCUACAAAGACUUGUGAUUGACAGUCGAGUCAAAGCAAUUAGAAUAACGGCACGUUUACUUGUUAACCCUUGAAUUAUGCGAUAUUAAUGAAAGUAUUUAUUUAUCAUGUGCGUCGGCGCUAUUUAAUUUUAAAUGACAUCUCCAUUUUGAUAAAGCAAUCGGUUUCUCUUUGUUUAUUCAUGCAAAAAAGACAUUGCGAAGUCUGAGAUGUGCUGUACUUUGCACUCGUUUGAUCAAGUAAAUCGUUUCUGUCAAGUCUGUUUCUUUAUCUUGCAUCCACGCGUCUCUUCUGUCAAGCACCUCAACGCAACAACGCAAUGCAUUUGAACGACUGAAGGCGUUCGCUCUGGUGUGAAACGAUAGAGAUGUGUAGGUGUUUGUACAGUUACUGUAGAGGAAGUGUGUGUGGUUUAUAUGAAUGUGCAGAAUUUAUCUUAGAUCUCAGCGCUCGUCUGUUGCUGCUCACCUUCACACUCACAGAGAUUGUGACUCUGCAGAAACAACCGAUGCUCCCUUUUGUUUCUUUAAUCCUUGCAGUUUUGUUACAUUUUAGAUAUUGAUCAACAGGUUUUAUAUUGAUUCUUAAAUGUUUGUGGUAUUCAAAGGUUUCUUCAUAUUUUUUCAUGUUAAAGUAAGCUCAAUCUCGUUUUACCAUAUCAGUGAAAUGUUGCAACACUUGUAACCAGAGGCAAUAACUGUUUGAUACCUUUUGAAAGUAUUCACACCCCUUGAGCUUUUACAUAUUUUAUCACGUCAAAAUCAUACAUUGUGGUAUAUAAGGAUUUUUCAUGUGACAAACAAACUCAAGAUGUCACACAACUGAGAAGGAGGAGGAGAAUGAUGCAUGUCUUUUAAGAAUUUUUGCAAUUAAAAAUCUAAAAACAA